AGCAUACCGGUUUAGGCAACUGACUUCAAGAUGAUAAUGAUCGUUAACAUCUUGCUCAGGUCUGCGAAUUACUGGAUCGUAAAAUCGGCGGAGAAUACGAUUAUCCUUUUUCUCGGUGAAUUGACGGUGAUGUGCUCCUAUGGAGAAAACGCGCUAAUUUAACAGACUUCGAAGCCUCAGGUACAUCGCGCCCUCGUCACGGACUCCCCGAUGCGACCACCACAGCACACAUGCGUGGCACUCAUGCGGGUGCUAUAAUUGUCCACCAAGUGUCCACGGCCACGAGGCUCAGUGUCCACAGCAUCGAAUUGUAGUUUCGGUCAUCUCAGCCCUCCUUCGACCGUAUAUAUAAUCGAGUUGCUCUCAGAGAUAUGAACUGGAGUCUUUUAUAGCUUUUCGCCAGAAGGCGUCCCUCAUGUCGUGGUGUAUGCAAGGUACUUACUUCUUCAUGCUCGUCGCUCCAAUUGUCUCGGCGAUCGAGGUUACAAUCCCGCUCGCUGCACCCUCGGGUGCAGCAUCAGUUAUGGGCAACCUCGUUUCACUUUCAAUCGAGCAAGAUAGAUGGGUCGAUUGGGCAGGGAGCACAGAACCUAACACGUUUUUCAACAACGUCCUUGAUAACUUGGUCCAAAUAACCAACACUCCUCCCUUCUUGAGAAUAGGCGCUGACUCGGAGGACCACACUGACUUCAGCUAUGAUAUCGAAUAUGAAGAAAAUAUGUUCUCUGCUUCGACUGCCAUCAUGCCAUACCCAGAAGCCUACAGUACCAUUGUUGGGCAAGGUUUCUAUGACAUCAUCUCUCAUCUUCCACAGGGGACGCAGGUUCACUGGGGUGUCAACCUGAGGGAGCACAACCUCACAGCGGUCUACCUCGAAACUGUCGCACUCAUCAACGCAUUUUCCUCCCCUGCUGUAGUAGAGAAGGGUAUCACGCUGAAGUUCAUCGAGGUCGGUAACGAGGCUGAUUACUACCACGACGAUGGUAGUCGUAGUAAAAAUAUCUGGAAUGUGCAAGAAUAUGUCUCCGAGUGGGAGGAGUUUGCGUAUAACGUUUCGAUGACAGCCAAGCUCUCCAAAACAUCAUAUACAAAACUGAUCGGCGCUGCGUUCGCUGGAUCUUCUCACAACAACCUCAACGGCUUCUCUCCUCAAGCUAUAUUUAAUCUCGGCAUCCUCAAAUCUCCUGCAGGCCAGCUAAUUGAGACCAUUUCGCAACACCUAUACAGUGGCUCAUUCUGUUCUGGAGGUGGAGCCGUGCUGCAGGAUUUGAUGACCAAAAGCUAUAUCCGCGGUAACAUCUCCGUGUUUAACCCUGAUAUUGAAGCAACCUUUGCCAAUGGUCUGAACUACAUCCUUGGGGAGACAAACAGUAUGAGUUGCCAUGGUACACCUAAUGUCAGUAAUACAGCUGGUGCUGCCCUCUGGUUACUCGACUACUCUUUAUAUGCCACACAAGUCGGUAUCAGUCGCAUACAUUUCCACCAGGGCGUUGGCUACAAGUACAAUUUGAUUCAACCCGUGACGCUUGACUAUUCAAUCAUCGACGGCUCUCCAAUUGGGUCACUGGCACCACACAUACAGCCACCAUACUAUGCCGCUAUCAUCGUCGCAGAGGCUAUCGGGACAUCUGGAACAACGCAAGCAGUCGAAAUUGUCAUUGACGAGAAUAAUGUGUCAGGCUAUGCAUUUUAUGAGCAUGGUACCCUCUCGAAAGCCGUGCUCAUAAACACGAUCGCAUAUUUUGCCGGCGCUGGUGCGAGGAACUCGACUCACAUUGAUUUUUCUUUCACUGGUUCCGGAUAUACCGCGAAGGAGAUGAGCGUGAAGACGCUGAAAAUUAGGUAUGCCUCCGAUACCACUAAUCUGACCUGGGGAGGUCAGACGUACGAGACUAGUGACGGUAGAGUUAGCGGGCCUCUGACUGUCGACACAUUACCUGUCAGCUCUGGAGUGGACCUGCAAGAGACGGAAGCAGUCCUCGUCACGUUUCUUUGACGUGGAUGGGUAUAGUUUGUAAUAUGUCCAAAACACCCAGUAGCAUAC